AGGCGACCUCAAAGAGAUUUACGUGCAUGCUCGUGUAAGAAGCUUCUUGUUUGCUUUGCACCAUUGACUGGAUGGAGACAUUGCCUGUCUUCCCUGUCCGAUUUUCUUGACAAUGGUUAUUCCCAGUACCUUCAAUAUUCUGAAGACCAAAAGGAGGUUUGUGAGGAUGCAUUAUUCGGGAGAAGCCUCUUUGAGAGGUUGAUUUCUCUGGGACAUGAAAAGCAUCUGCUUAAUGUGCAAUACAGAAUGCAUCCAUCCAUAAGCAUUUUUCCAAACACCAGAUUUUAUGAUGGGAUACUCUUAGAUGCCCAUAAUGUCAUGCAAAAAGAACAUCAGAAGAAGUAUCUUCCAGGUUCUAUGUUUGGUCCAUACUCUUUCAUCAACAUUGAAGAUGGUUGGGAGGAUUUCGACGAACUUGGUCACAGCAGGAAGAACAUGAUUGAAGUUACCGUCGUCCAGGAAAUACUGCGAAAUCUCCAGAGAGCUUGUUCUAAAGCUGCAAAGAAGAUCACAGUUGGGGUCAUAAGCCCAUACACCGCUCAAGUUGUAGCAAUUCAAGAAAAAAUGAGGAGAAUGAAGUUUGAGCCGCUUGCAGUAAAAAUUAAUUCUGUUGAUGGAUUUCAAGGUGGUGAAGAAGACAUCAUCAUUUUAUCAACUGUCAGGUCCAACUCUGCUGGGCUGGUAGGGUUUCUUUCAAAUCGACAGCGCACAAAUGUAUCUUUGACAAGAGCGAGACAUUGCCUUUGGAUUUUGGGAAAUGCAUCCACCUUAUCUAGCAGUGGUUCUAUCUGGGCAGAUCUAGUUCGCAAUGCAAAGGAUCAGCAGUGUUUCUUCAAUGCAAAUAAAGAUGGGGCUAUUUCUCGUGUGAUUACUAAGCAUGUUUGUGAGCUCACCAAAGUUGAAGACAAAAGGGACAGACCUUUAAAAGUUACAAAGAACAGGGUUCAGGCACCAUCUCGAAAGGAUCUGAAAGGUCACCACUCUUCUAUGAAAUGUCUUUCAUCUGAUGUUGGGGCCCAAUCAAGGGAUACCAUUUCUGGUUCUGAGCUGCAUUGCCCAAAGGAUAUAGCAGAGGAUAUCACUAAGUAAUCUUAAACUCCACUGAAGAUUCUUCACUCUUAAGCUAAGCUCUUUUUGGAGAUGAGUUAAGGUCAUUGUCUAUUUCUGAAUGCCUACAUCUGCAACAUAGGCAGCAGAAUGACUUCAUCCUAUACAAGCUCGUAGGCCAAACCAUGCUCUGUUAUACUCCUUGCAUGCAAUUUUGCAUCUCUAUGCAAUUUUGCAUCUAUACAAUCUCUACGUUAGCCCAUCUUGCCUUGAUGAAGCGUUGGGCUGGUCCAGGUCGUUGGCACUCCAUCAAUGGGGUGCAUCCCCAAAGGUUAGUCAACUUUGGGGAUGUUUUUGAGUUUGGUUGUCCAAACUGUUUUUGAUGAAACGCUAGUGCUUGCACUGCAUUGUUGGCGAUUUCUGAGGUUUGAAGUGAAUACUGCAUCGAUGGAGUACAGUGCUACUAUUCUGGGCUGGACGGAAAAGAAAAAAAUUGUCGGCAGGUUCAUCCUGUCGUUGGUCGUGCUCGUGUGUGCUGCUGCCAAUUGUGUGGUAGUACAUCAGUUUAUUAUUCGGAAUUACCUUACGUACGAUCUUUUCUGAUCCGAUUUUUGUACGUACGAUGCUAUGAUCGAUGGCUGUGGCACAUCAAACCUGUUGUAAUCCAUGACUGUUACUCGUACUGAAUGUAUUGUACUCACAUCAUCCA